AUCGAACUGCUCUUUUUGGCUCUUUCCAUAGAACGCCGCCGAAUGCGCCGAACUUGCUAAACGCAAGCCAACACAAGCUUCGAGUUAAUUUUUAUUAUUUAACUCUAUUGAUUGAUUUUGAUUAAUAAGCGAAAAAUGGGAAAGGAGAACGAAUCGGACAGUGUGAAAAAAAGGAGAAAGUCCGUAAGCGCGAACAGCGGAACGUCGAUAAAGGAAGGAGAUAUGUACAAGACGAUAAUCAGUUAUGAAGAAAAGGAAGCUAUUGAGAGAUCAUCCGAGAAUGAUUCUGAAUGCUUUUUGGCAACCUGCAAUGAUAUUCGAGCGGCAAUGACUAAAAUAGCUAAAUUGAAGUCCAGUGGUGAUGCAAAUAAAGAUGAAAUUCGUGAACUGCAAAUUCAAACGUCCCUGGCUUUCGUAGAACUAAAGAAGCUAAAUCGCAUGGAAAAAUUUCGUACAAAGUCUGCACGCGACUCCUUGGUUGCUGCAAAAAGUAGCGUAGACAGCAAACAUCUGCAUUUACAGAAUCUAUUGUACGAAGUGAUGCAUUUGAAGAAAGAAGUUAUUAAAUGCCUUCAGUUCAAAUCUAAAGAUGAAUUGAUAGAACUUGUUUCAGAAGAGGAAUUUCUUAAAGAAGCUCCAGAAAGCAUUUCACGACCUGAAAUAACAAAGAAUAAUCCUCAUCAAUUGAGACUGGCUCGUUUGGAAUGGGAAUUGACUCAACGAAAGCAAUUGGCAGCCUUGUGUGAUGAAUUGACAGAGAGUAAAAAGGCAGUAGCAUCUAGUAUUGAAACGAAACAGACUCGUUUGGAUAAUCUCGCGCCGCAACUGCGUUCUAUAUUAGAAGCAAGUAAACCGUUACAAGAAAGUCUUGGAUUGCCAUUAGACAAAAUUCGCCAGGAGCAUCAAAAGGCUUCGUUGCUCGCAUCACCGCUUUAUGUAUUGUACGCGAAGGCAUCUGCUUACAGGGAUGCUUAUGAUAGUACAUUGCUGGUCAAAGUGGAAGGUGACGAGGACGAAGCAAAACGCGCGAACAAUCAUGAUGGUUUACAAGAGUCUGAUUCGGAUCCUGAAAAUCAAUCUGAAAAUAUCAUAGAAGAAACGCCUGUGCAUAAGAAAAGGCAUCACAGAUUAUCUCGCGAAGCCAGGCAAGAAGAAAAGCGAUCCAAACUAUUGCAGCGACAUCCGUUGCAUGUAAAAAUAGUUAUCACAUUAAAAAAGGAGACAAGGCUGACUCUUCACUUUUAUUAUACAAUACAUUUGAAAGUCAUAACAGUCGAGUCGAAACUCGAAACGGAAGACCUGGGAGGUAUUAGUGCUGGGGACAUGCUAGUAUCCGAGUCAGUUCUUCGCGAAUUGUAUCCGCGAGAUUUAGGAUUGGAGAGUCCGAAUCCCGCUAAUCAGUAUCAGUUGUCGCGACAUAACUUGGGACCAUUUUCGUCUCUAGGAUUAGGCAUUCCCUACAAAUGGGCACAAAGAAUGGCUGGUUUACACUUUGUUUCAUCUGAUGCGAACGAACCACAACAAAAGCUUACGAGUCAAGAAUUGGCACAAGACUGUGUGGAGAGUGUGUUAAAAGAAAUUAAACGGCGCAUAAAAGCGAGACUGGAUUUAUGUAUGGAAAUACGACAACUAGAAUCCGGCAAUCUGCCAAUCUUUAUCAGUACAACAGAUCCUGUGCCGCAAAAGAUCUCGACAUCAUUGCAUCGAUUCACGACUAUGACUUGGAAAAGUUACUCGAACUAUGUCGCUUCACCGGAAUUUUAUCAGCGGGGAUUGAUUUUGUCUGUUGACAUCUUUUAUGAAGCUGUACUUCGUCGUGGCAGUAGCGAGCUUGUGGCCAGGAUCGCUAUCAAGCCAGAUUACCCGAAGAUAGCACCAGUAUUUAACAUAAGUGUCAGUCCAUCAGUGCCAGCGUCUGCUGAUAUCAUCAGAGACAUCGAAAGGGAAGUCAAUGUGAUGUGGACCAAGUCCCCGACGUUGACGGCGCAAAUACAACGGCUGAGAGCAUGUUUCGAUAUAUAUCUAGAGACUGAGAGUAUGGUACCGAAGGAGAAAAUAUUCUUCCAUCCUGUGAGAGGACGAACUCGCGCUCGACCGUACAAAUAUCUGCCACUGGGAGGAGGUAUAUUCACUCAUCGUUGAAUAAAUUUAUAUGAAUAUUA